AUGAAAAUAAACAGGGAACAUUCAACGAUUCAAUUGGAUAAUUUACCUGAUGAAAUUCUUAUUAUGAUUUUAAAAAAGAUGUCCCAAACUGAUGUACUCUAUUCUUUGAUAGAUGUUAAUCAACGACUUAAUGCGAUUGCACAUGAUCCUAUUUUUACUAAUCAUUUAACCUUACGGGAAUUUAUCUCGAAUGAUUCCAUCAAUCCAUCAACUGACUCAAUGUUUGAUCGAUUUUGUUCGCACAUUUUACCCAAAAUUAACGAUAAAAUCAAAUGGCUUGAUCUUGACUCAUCAUGUAUGGAACGUAUCCUUCGAGCUACUAAUUAUCCUAGUCUAUAUGGACUUACUCUAUAUAAUAUGAACGUAGAAAUAUCUAUGCACUACGCAACUGAUGAAACUAUUUUAAGUAAUCUAUUUCAAAAUCAAAUUCUAUCACUUACUAUUCAUCUGAGAGAAGCGGAAGAAGAAUUUUAUGCAGCCUCGUUGAAUGCAGUUAUAUUUAUGGAUAUUAUUAAUACGUUCACCAACCUACAAAAUUUAAAUUUCUGUCCAUCUUCAAUUUCGAAUUCAGCGUUAUCAUUUAAUACUUAUAUUCUAAGAAUGACUUCUUCAACUCUCUUAGAACUACAUAUCCGUGUGACAGAUUUCAACGAUUGUCUUUAUUUACUUGAUGGACGUUUCAGUCAACUUCGUAGGUUGUAUGUUAAUAUUUCUUCGGUUUACACGUUAUCAUUCCGAACCAAAAUACGGUAG